GCAGCGGCAGCUGGGACUGCAGCGGCGCCCGGCCCCGGGAGUCGCAGGCAGAGGCCGGAGCGCGCAGCCGAACGCCCGGGCCCCAGACGCCGCGGACACCCGGAGAGGCAGUUCCGGCGCCCUGACGCCUCCCUCGGCCUUCAGCGCACCGCCAAGCCGCUCCGCAGAGAAGUCGCAGCGUGAGCACCCCUCGGCCGGCCCAAGACCAGCUACAGGACUAAGGACCAAAAGCAUUUCUGGGCACUGAGAUCCUUCAUCUCUGGCCCCAGCUAUGAGCCGGCGCGUGGUUCGGCAGAGCAAGUUCCGCCACGUGUUUGGACAGGCAGCAAAGGCUGACCAGGCCUACGAGGAUAUCCGUGUGUCCAAGGUCACAUGGGACAGCUCCUUCUGUGCCGUCAACCCCAAAUUCCUGGCCAUUAUUGUGGAGGCUGGGGGUGGAGGUGCCUUCAUCGUCCUGCCUCUGGCCAAGACAGGGCGAGUGGAUAAGAACUACCCACUGGUCACUGGGCACACUGCCCCUGUGCUGGACAUUGACUGGUGCCCACACAAUGACAACAUCAUCGCCAGUGCCUCAGAUGACACCACUAUCAUGGUGUGGCAGAUUCCAGACUAUACCCCUGUGCGCAACAUCACAGAGCCCAUCAUCACACUGGAGGGCCACUCCAAACGUGUGGGCAUCCUCUCCUGGCACCCCACUGCCCGGAAUGUCCUGCUCAGUGCAGGUGGUGACAAUGUGAUCAUCAUCUGGAACGUGGGCACUGGGGAGGUGCUCCUGAGUCUAGACGACAUGCACCCAGACGUCAUCCACAGCGUGUGCUGGAACACCAACGGGAGCUUGCUAGCCACCACCUGCAAGGACAAGACCCUGCGAAUCAUCGACCCACGCAAGGGCCAGGUGGUGGCGGAGAGGUUUGCGGCCCACGAGGGAAUGAGGCCCAUGCGGGCCGUCUUCACGCGCCAGGGUCAUAUCUUCACCACGGGCUUCACCCGCAUGAGCCAGCGAGAGCUGGGCCUGUGGGACCCGAACAACUUCGAGGAGCCAGUGGCGCUGCAGGAGAUGGACACAAGCAACGGGGUCCUACUGCCUUUCUAUGAUGCCGACUCCAGCAUCGUCUACCUGUGCGGCAAGGGCGACAGCAGCAUUCGGUACUUUGAGAUCACUGAGGAACCGCCCUUCGUGCACUACCUGAACACCUUCAGCAGCAAGGAGCCGCAGAGGGGCAUGGGCUUCAUGCCCAAGCGGGGACUCGAUGUCAGCAAGUGCGAGAUCGCACGGUUCUACAAGUUGCACGAAAGAAAGUGUGAACCCAUCGUCAUGACUGUGCCUCGCAAGUCAGACCUGUUCCAGGACGACCUUUAUCCAGAUACUCCGGGCCCCGAGCCGGCCCUAGAAGCAGACGAAUGGCUAUCAGGUCAGGACGCCGACCCCGUGCUCAUCUCGUUGAGGGAUGGUUACGUGCCUCCCAAGCACCGCGAGCUGCGGGUCACCAAGCCCAACAUCCUGGACGUGCGCCCGCCCUCUGGCCCUCGUCGCAGCCAGUCAGCCAGCAAUGCCCCCUUGUCGCAACACACCCUGGAGACGCUGCUGGAGGAGAUCAAGGCCCUGCGCGAGCAGGUGCAGGCUCAGGAGCAGCGCAUCACGUCUUUGGAGAACAUGCUGUGUGAGCUGGUGGACGGCACGGACUAGCGCAGCGCCACCGGGGAGGUCCAAGCCAGGAGGCACAACGGGGCGGAGCGCCAGCACACCCGCAGGCCCCGGCUUUGGGUCCCGAGCUCCGCACUCCGCCCCCUAGGCCUGGGCGGGGACUGGGGAGGGAACUCCGCCCUUCGCGGGAGUUCUGGACAAUUGCAGAGACUCGUGUCCGUCUGGCGCCCGCCUGGCUGCAUACCUCAUCCCGGAUUUAGGCAGGAGCUGGCCUUGGAAGGGCCUCAGCAAUGGUGCUGCACCGCAGGCAGUGUCCCCUUUGUUCCUCGCCCAGGGCAGAGAAGUGCUUAGUGUUAGCGCAAUGCUUGGAGAUGGUGGGGAGCUUGAGAUUGACCUCAAAGCGGUAGCGAUUCGACGGGUCUCCCCAGACUGGGGAAAAUUACACUUCUCCCUCUAAUCAGCUCACUUGACCCCACCACCCUGAGUGGUCAACUGAACGGGUGCCACCCCAGUUCUACCAGACACAAACAUUGGCUGUAGAGCUGGUCCGCCGGGCUACACCCACUAGUCCAUGGCAGAGGGCUCCCUUCCUUCUCCCCACCUGCGGGGGAGAGGGCAGCUUCCACGUGGCACUUUCUCAGAAGAACCAACCAGCAAACUGGCAAAAGGAAGCAGGUUCCACCUCCACUACACACACAUACACACACACCUCCCAGCCCUCUGCUGUACACACACACACACACCCCAGCCCUCUGCUGUACACACACACACUCCUCCCAGCCCUCUGCUGUACACACACACACACACCCCUCCCAGCCCUCUGCUGUACACACACACACCCCCCCCAGCCCUCUGCUGUACACACACACACACCCCCCAGCCCUCUGCUGUACACACACACACUCCUCCCAGCCCUCUGCUGUACACACACACACACCCCCCAGCCCUCUGCUGUACACACACACACUCCUCCCAGCCCUCUGCUGUACACACACACACACACCCCUCCCAGCCCUCUGCUGUACACACACACACCCCCCCCAGCCCUCUGCUGUACACACACACACACCCCCCAGCCCUCUGCUGUACACACACACACUCCUCCCAGCCCUCUGCUGUACACACACACACACCCCCCUCCCAGCCCUCUGCUGUACACACACACACACACCCCAGCCCUCUGCUGUACACACACACACACCCCCCUCCCAGCCCUCUGCUGUACACACACACACACCCCCCUCCCAGCCCUCUGCUGUACACACACACACACCCCCCUCCCAGCACUCUGCUGUGGCCUUGACUCUAGGAGGAAAACAAGAUGCUCUGAAUGAAACAUUUACCAAGUGCUCAGUCUCUGCCUCCUGCAUGGGUGGGGAUGCGAGACCCCCAGCCUCUGUAAAUGCCACCGCCAGAAUCCUGGAGGCCCUGACAGAUGAAACCCUCGGCUCAGGACCCACCAGACACCCUCUUACUUCAGAGCCCUCCCCACUCUGAGGUUCAGAAGGAACCCUCAGCCCGCGGGUGGGCAGUCUUCCCCAGUAAAGGCAGGUAGGAAAAA